UCACGCUCUUUGGGAAAUUGUUGGACGUGAUGAUGCAAAACGUCUCUGUUUUGAAAAGACACACACGAAGUGACACGUUCGCAGAGGUGUAACAUCGCGAUAUCACGUUUAGGGAUUAAAAAAUCAUUUUUCAAAUCGACGUCAGGACAGGAGGAGGGUUUCGCGAAAGGGUUGACAUAUUUCGGAAUGGGACGCGUCCGGCGGGAUUCUAGCCGCUCUCCCCUAAUCACGACAAUGCAACAAGGAAAAAGUAGCGAAGAGCAGCAGGGUUCAAUUGAAUUAGAGUUUAACCAGCCGCGUCCGAGGAGAUAAAAGAGGGAGGUGAACGCGGUCCGGACCCCGUCACUGUUUAGUGCACUUCACAAGUGAGCAGCUGCCUCCGCAAGGCUCCCACGGACACCAUGGCUCCUGCUGCCCUCCACAGAUGAGAGUCGCCUCAACAACUGAGCAGCAAUGAGCAGCGUGCGGUAGGCGAGUGUAGGACUGCGUGGCUCCCCUCGGAAAACAGAAAACUCACUUAUUUUAUUUAAUUUUUUUUUUCCCAUUGUCUUUACGAGCCCGUCGGUCAGAAGAUGGGGCAUCCUCCUCUGGAGUUCAGCGACUGCUAUCUGGACAGUCCCGAGUUCCGAGAGACGCUCAAGUGCUACGAGGUGGAGCUGGAGAGGACCAGCAAAUUUCUCAAAGAGUUGAUAAAAGAUGGCAACAGUGUGAUCGCUGCGAUCAAAGGCUAUUCUGUGGCGGUGCAGAAGUUUUCACAGACUCUCAGCAUGUUCCAGUUCGACGUCAUCGGUGACUCCCUGACAGACGAUGAGAUAAACAUCGCUCAGUCGUUCCAGGAGUUCGCAGGACUCCUGCAGGAAGUGGAGACGGACAGGAUGAUGCUGGUUCAGAACGCCUCCGACCUGCUCAUCAAGCCGCUGGAGAAGUUCAGAAAGGAGCAGAUCGGAGUCACAAAAGAAAAGAAGAAGCGGUUUGAGAAAGACAGUGAGAAAUAUUACUCCCAGGUGGACAAACACCUGGGUCUCUCUGCCAAGAAGAAGGAGACCCAACUUCAAGAGGCUGAUGAGCUCCUGGACAAAGAGCGAGUUAACUUCUAUGACUCGUCCGUGGAGUAUGUGUACCAGAUCCAACAGGUGCAGGACAGGAAGAAGUUUGACGUGGUGGAGCCGGUGCUGGCGUUCCUUCACAGCGUUCUGACGCUCAACAACCUGACGGUGGAGAUGACUCGGGACUUCAUGCCUUACAAGCAGGAACUGCAGCUCAGCCUGCAGAAUACGAGAAACCACUAUGAGAGCACUCGCGAGGAGAUGGAGGAGCUGAUGAAGAGGAUGAAGCAUCCCUCCCAGAUCGGCAAAAUGCACAGUUUUCUGCCCAUGGAGGGUUAUCUGUACUGUCAGGAGAAGUGGGCCUUGGGCGUGUCAUGGGUCAAAUAUUAUGUCAAAUAUCACAAGGAGGGGAGACUGCUGGUCAUGGUGCCUUGUGAGCAGAAGACUACAACUAAACAGGGCCCCACGCAGCUGACACUGAAGUCCUGCAUCCGUCGGAAGACAGAAUCCAUAGACAAGCGCUUCUGCUUUGACGUGGAAACCAACGAGAGAAACGCGCCGGUCACUUUCCAGGCUCUUUCGGAGGGGGACAGGAAGUUGUGGAUGGAGGCCAUGGAUGGAAAAGAGCCUAUCUACCAUUCCCCAAUUCACAAGCAAGCCGAAAUGGAGCUGAACGAGACUGGAUUCAAGUUUGUGCGAAAGUGCAUCAACUUCAUUGAAACGAAAGGAGUCACACAAGAAGGAGUGUACAGAACGGUCGGCAGCAACAUCCAAGUGCAGAAGCUUUUAAAUGCCUUCUUUGAUCCCACAAACCCAGGAGACGUGGAUCUCCACAGCAGCGACUGGGACGUUAAAACCAUCACAAGUGCAUUGAAGUUUUAUCUAAGGAGCUUGUCUGAGCCGCUGAUGACCUACAGCCUCCACAGAGACCUCAUGUGUGCCGCAAAGUCCGACAACCUGGACUUUCGACUGACUGAAAUCCACUCGCUCACCUACAAACUGCCGGAGAAGAACCGAGAGAUGUUGGAGAUGCUUAUCAAACAUUUGGUCAAUGUGUGCAGCCACAGUGAGGACAACCUGAUGACGCCCUCGAACAUGGCGGUUAUCUUUGGUCCCACGCUGCUGAGGGCGAAGGAGGAGACUGUGGCAGCCAUGUUGGAUAUCAAGUUCCAAAACAUCGUCGUGGAGAUUCUGAUCGAGGACUACAACAAGAUCUUCAGUAAUAUGCCCGACAGCUCCGCCCCACCCGUCCCUCCUCCGCGGAUCACCCCGAGGAAGCGGCAGCCCAUCACAAUCUCCAAGCGACCACCUCGUGUUUAUCAAGCUCUUAGUCACGACCACUUUCAGCACACAGAGAAUGGCCAGAACGACAGCUCCGUCCAGGACGGGGAGGUCUCGGUGAACCCCGUUCCCCUCCAGAGGACCAAACCUCUUGUCCCAAGAGAACCUCCUCCGAGACUAGCACUGCUGCCCAAACCGGCGAACCGUCAGGACAGGCAGUCGGAAGCUGACGUCGUAAAGAUGGAUGAUACGAGACAAAAGCCAGAUUCUUCUUCAAAUGGGGAGCCUGGAGUCUACGUGAGCAGAGUGCCAUCCUUCCAGGGCAGGAGACCAGCUCCGAAGGGCACGUCAGCCAACAGGGAAGGAGAUUCUGACGGUCUGACCAGAACGAGGUCCACAGAGAAACAAGCCAUUUGCAGACCCCCGGUCAGGCCUCCUGAGCCCCCUUCCAGGUUCCCCGCUCAACAAAAGACCCAGAGUGCAGCGAGCAGCGAGGGCUCGGCCACAUCUUAUGUUGCUUCUAAAACGAAGUUUUUCGAGAACGCCUCCAGGCAUGUUGGCAGUCCACCGACCUCUCCGCCACCUUCAUCAGGGACAAAUGUAAAAAAGGAGAAUUAAAGUUCAGGAAGACUCAUGUGGAACGCGUCACGUGCUGGUGGGCGCUCGCUGAAGAGGAAGUCUCAGCCGGAGAACUCAGUCGCUCUUGAUCUCAGCGGACAGACUGACGAACUCUCUCUCUCCAUCGAACUGACUGGAUGUAUUUGAUUCCAUUUGAUUUUUUUAUUUUUUGGUUUUCUCUAUAGUGAGAACGGUGUUGGACGGCAACACAGCAGCAAACUGACUUCCAUUCCAAAAGGAUGGAGUAACAGCACUGUUCACCCUUUUUGUGUAACACCGGUUGACAUUUGUGUCAAAUCACUUACGACAUGAAGUAAUUCUACAGUGUUAAAAAAUUCGAAUGACCAAUUUUGCUGGCAGGAAACUAACUUCUGUCUUUUGGUUCUAACAGAGUACUUACAUAUAGUUGUCAGCACUCUUAAUGCUUGUUUUAAGCAUUGUUAAAUCAAUUUCCCCAAAGAAGACUAAUGAAUUAAAGUGGACAUAAUCAGUUUAAUCAUGAUUAAUUUGAUUCAUGUGAAAAAUUAGUCCAAUAUUAACUUCUAGAAUUUAAUAAAAAAGGAUCUUGUUAUCUUUAGUCAGGGAACUGGAUGAAGCAAAAAUUAAUUUAAAGCUACAUCCAUCAAGUGUUUCUGGCUGUGGAAGCUAUUUUAAACAAACCAUUUUUAAAAAAGAAUAAUAAUUAGAUCAAAUUAUUACGUGACAUACUGUGUCAUGUAAAAGUCAGUCUUGAUUAUUACAAAAAGUAUUUUUACUCGAGUCUGUUAUCCAGUCAGUGUAGUUUGACUUCACAUAAUGGAUCCAAUGUUUGUGAAACAGAGACGUAACAUUCUCAUACUUCUCUUCACUUCUUACCUAAAUGUACUGUAGGUAGGUCAGGUUGCACAGGAGAGUCCUCAGAGUUUACCUGAAUUUGUUGCACCCAAACGUAUUGUUACAAUAUGUGAAAAUAACACUCCAUUGUUUAGUUUAGUUUUUUUUUAUAUUUUGUUGUUGUUGUUAAAAUGUUAAAAUCUG